CCUAGAGGAGCGCGCGAGCCUGUCACUGCAAUUUGACGGUGAAACAUGAACCGAGCUCGGCGAGCCGAAUUCAAACCCCUGACUUCUCCAGUCCGACAUUAGCACUUUCAUCUCGAUUGCUUUGUUUAAAAAAAAAAAAAAAAAAAAAAGCUUUUUUUUUUCUUUCUCGGAAGAUCUGCUUUCUUGUAGGCUUUACCUCGCGUACCUGAGAGGCUGCCAGUCAGAUCUCCUGCGCUGGAUCACUCGUGCGACAAGAUGUGUGUGGAAAGCGACGGAUGCGAGCUGGAGGGCUGCGGCAGCGCGCCGGAGGUGCGCACGCUCUCGGGCAGCAUGAGCGCCGCGCUCAAGGCGAACCCGGAGCUGCGCGCGUGCAAACCGGGCCAGAAAUUCCGCGCCGCGCUGCUGCGAUGCGGCUCUCCAGCAGCCGCCGCCGGGAUCCUCAGCUUCGGCAACGUGCUCAAUUACAUGGACAGAUACACGGUAGCCGGUGUGCUGCUCGACAUUCAGCGCCACUUUAAAGUAACUGAUAGCGGAGCUGGCUUGCUACAAACAGUUUUCAUCUGCAGUUUCAUGGUGGCGGCACCCAUUUUUGGUUACCUUGGUGACCGAUUUAACAGGAAGGUCAUUCUGAGCUGCGGCAUCUUCUUCUGGUCGGCUGUGACACUACUGAGCUCCUUUAUCACCAAAGAGUACUAUUGGGUGUUUGUGCUGUCCAGAGGCCUGGUAGGCAUCGGAGAGUCCAGCUACUCCUCCAUCUCUCCCACCAUCAUUGGAGAUCUGUUCACCAGCAACAAGAGGACCGUGAUGCUCUCUGUCUUCUACCUGGCCAUCCCGUUAGGAAGUGGUCUUGGCUACAUCCUGGGAUCCAGUGCUAAAGAUGUCGCGCAGGACUGGCACUGGGCUCUGAGGGUGUCUCCAAUAUUAGGAAUGACUGCUGGAAUUCUCAUCCUGGUCUUUGUUCCCGAGCCCGAUAGGGGAAGCGUGGACCCGUCGACCAGCCACAUGAGGACCCGCACCUCAUGGCUCUGUGACAUGAAGGCUCUCCUUAAAAACCGAAGUUACAUGUUCUCAUCUCUCGGAUCGGCUGCUGUAUCGUUUGCAACGGGGGCCUUCGGGAUCUGGAUCCCUCAGUAUCUGGUCAGAGCUCAAGAGGUGCAGGGGACUGUAGUGAGCAAAGACAGUCUGAUCUUCGGGGUCAUCACGUGUGUGACUGGUCUACUCGGUGUCGUGAUCGGUGCUGCGACCACACGCUUCUGCCGACAGAGGACAGAUCGCGCCGACCCUCUGGUGUGUGCCGUCAGCAUGCUGGGCUCGGCCAUCUUCAUCUGCCUCAUCUUCGUCGUGGCCAAGAAGAGCAUCGUAGGAGCAUACAUCUGCAUCUUCAUAGGAGAGACUCUACUCUUCUUGAACUGGGCCAUAACAGCGGAUAUUUUAAUGUAUGUUGUCAUACCAACCAGAAGAGCCACUGCAGUCGCCUUUCAGGGCUUCACUUCCCAUUUACUAGGGGAUGCAGGGAGUCCAUAUCUCAUUGGCCUGAUAUCAGACGCUCUGCAGGAGAGCUACGCAACGUCAGUGCUGUGGCAGUUCCUGAGCUUAGGCUACGCCCUCAUGCUCUGCCCCUUCGUUAUCGUCCUUGGGGGGAUGUUCUUCCUCGCCACAGCCCUCUUCUUCCUUGACGACCGGGAAGAAGCAGAGAAACAGAGGAAGCAGCUCUCCCGAUCGCCGUCUGCAGUAAAGGUCACCAAGUGAGAGAAGGUCUGGAGUGGGAGGAUUGAGAGCGAGCCGAGGAGUGGGCGAGAUGAACAGAAGGGAGGUGGAGAGGAAAGAAAAAAAAAAAAAAAAAAAAAAAAAGGAAAGAGUAGCUAACCCACUCGACACAUAUGCUGCACAUCACCAUCAUCACCAUUGUCGCUCAUCAUCUUCACUCUUACCAUGCUCUUCAUGUCUGUUGGGUGGAAGCUGAACUUGCUUUGCUGCAGAGACACGAUCACGUCCUACCAAUGAAGUAAAGCAAUGCUGGCAAGUCAGCCAUCCUGCAGCUGGUGAGCAGCUCUCAAAUCAACAUGUAAAGGCCAGUAGGAAUUACGGGAGGGUUGAAGGAGGGGAUUAAUAAUCCCCUUAGUGCCAUACUACUGAACACGGACAUGCACUCUGUCCUGUCGCGCUGCCUGUCAAUCUGCACCAAGUGCCAUAGCAUCACAUUCCCAGAACUGACCACGCCUACAGCCGAAUGAAGCUCACUGAUUGGUUGUGUAAAUAUGGAAAUGAAGGCAUCAGUGAUCUCGCAGUCAUCUAGUGGAAACGGCUGUAUGGCUUAGCCUGCCUUAAUAACGUUGGCAUGGACAGAUGUCUGGUCCCUGGUCAUCUUCUUUAUGCCUGUUCUUUUUCUUACAUCUUUCUUUGUCUUAGCACUUACUAUUUUAACGCCAUGCCAGUCAAAUGAUGCAAUCAGACUACAUAAUCACCUAUAAUAUAUUUGCGCUAUAAUUUUUGUAUGUUCAUAAAUAGGAAACCCAAGGUAUUUCGUAGAGGAUGCUGGGUUUAAAAAAAAAAAAAAUGCCGUAAAAUGUAGAGAAACACUGGAGUGUAAAUAUGAACUGUCCAUCGGAUCUUUGAAAAUCCGUUUAUUUUUGUCAGACUUUCUACCAUCCAUAACCUCAAAAAACACGCCAAGGAUAAAAAAAAGGGAACAAUAAGAAGUGGGAAAAGUCUUUAGUGGCUUGUGAUAAUGAUUUUCUUUGAGGGAUUCUUUACAAGGUGCCAGCUCUCUCCAUGGAAAAAGAGGCAGAGGAUAAGAUUUAACAAGCUCUAGUGUGUAAGAAUAGUCGUCUUUGUAUGCUGGGUUCUAAUAUUCGCUCAGCAGAUAUCCCUUUCUGAAUGUGAGAGAGAGAGAGCUUGAAUAGUGAUACAUCUCACGUCGUUACAAGCCAAACAGCUACUGAAAUCCAUCCAAGAAAAAAAAAGGUUUCUUUCAAAAGUUUAGGUUGAAUUUGUUUUAUUGUUAGGUGAAUUUUUUUUUAUUAUUAAGGGAAUAUAUUACCUUUGGGUUACUUACAAUUAGAAAAAAGAAGGUGUUAACCACUUCAUGUUGUUAUGCCAUGUUACGAGAGAACUUGUAACUUUGGUAACAAAACUAUUACGAGCAGGUCAAAGUUUGGGACUUAGUUUUUUUAACAGGGUGACUCUUGUUGCUGAAAUACACGUUUCAUAGAUAGUGAAAUUUUUUUAAUGUUUGAAAUGCUACCAAGUAGACAUGAAUAAUUAAGUAUUUGUAUAAAUUAGGAGAAGCACUUUGCUUUUAAAGACGUCUUGGGUAAGGGGAAAAAUAACGAAAACCCACAAGAGUUUACCGUUUUUAUCGUGGAAAUAUAUAAUAUUGUUGUUUCUCAAAUGAUUUGUAAAUACAGUUUGUUGUAAAAUAUGCAAUUUCCUAAAAUCCACUUAACAUUUGCAGAAAGGAAAAGCUUUGAUAAGAGCAAUGAUUUAUAUAUUUUCACACCGAGUUUUGGUUUUAAUGAUUAGUUUUUUUUGUGUUUUUUUUUUUUUUUUAUUAUUUUAGCGCUGACACAAGAAACCUUUCACCAAAUGGAAAUGAUCAGGCUUUGAAGCUUUGUAUAGUGUAGACGUCCUCUCAAAAAAAAAAAAAAAAAAACAUGAGCAGAGGUUCCGUCUUUUUUCACAUUGAAAAAAAGCACCUUGCAUAUAGAUUGAAGUGUCAUUUGUUCUGGAAGAGAUUGACAAAAAAACAAAAAAAAACCCGCUGUAUUGUGAAGGUCUGACUCAUCACUGGGACUGCAGGACACCGUGUUUAUUUCUCAGAGCUUUCAUCAUGCCAGGUGAAAAGCUAUCUGAAUGUGAUUCUGUCCAAUCCAAUGUGUUUACACAUGCAAAUUCAUUUUAAUUAAGCUUUUUUGUAUUCUUCUUUUAAGGAUGUCUUUUUUUUCCGUUCUUUUUACAAAUAUUAGUUUUAUAUAUGAUAAUGCUAUAAAAAUGGAGAAUUAUGCAGUGAUUUUAAUAUAUUGUAAACUAGCUUUGAUGCAAGGUAUUUAUUUUUCAUUUAUGUAUUAGCAUUUUUAAGAAAUCUCUACAAAUGGAAAAGAAGCUUCUGGAUAUUAUGAUUUUUACUCUCUGUUUGUCCUUAUUAGUGAAAAAGCCUGGAUAGUUCAUCAUCUCAAGGAAAUGUGCUCAUUCAUACUCAUGCACACACACCAGCUUAUGCACACAUACCAAACAACAGCACAGCAUGAAUUUACAGUACACCCAAGUCCUCUUAGACCAAUCAAAUGUCACUUUUUAUUUAUGCAUUUUGCACAUUUGGGUGUGUUCAGGGUUAUUUUUUUUUUCCCAAUCCAAUAGUUAUACACUGGCAUUAUGUGCUAUAGGGACUGUAAUAUUUAGUCACAUUACAUAUUCAAGCUACAUGUUUAUUUUUCUUUUUUUGUUUAUUAGAUGAUCUACAGGCUUGAAAAUCACAAUGCCAAAUUAAAAUCACCAUCAGCGACAUACAAGAGCUGUUUUUUUUGUUUGUUUUUUUUUAAAAACAAGCUCGCUUUAAACAAAGAGUCAUGGAGUUGAUGGUGUGUAUUGAGAAUGUGUUCUUUCUUGUCAUACAAGAGUCGUGUAUAAAGAAACCUGUUUCUGAUGUCGAGCAGAAACUUAAAGGGAAUUUUAUUUUUAAGAGCAAGCGUGGUUAAAGAGAACAAAAAAACAUGUCCAAUAAACACUAUUAUUGCUAUAUAGUUACUGUGAUGCUCCAGCUGGAGGGAUAUGAGAUGUAAACAUAUAUGUAAGUGAUGAAAAUAAACUUAUUUAAUCAAACCA